CACACACAUAAACCCGUGCGUGCGCCUCCCGCACUGAAGUCAGCGCUGGUGUUUUCAGGUUGCUCAGACCUGAAAUCUAAGGGAAAAAAGCUCGGCGUUUGCGUCGCUGCUUCUGCCGCUGGUGGUGGUAGCGGUGAAGAGGAGAGAGGGUUUGGGUUGUUUUUUUUUCCCUCCUUUGAAUUCAAUGGAUCUGAACUUGGAGUCUUUGGACCUCGGUGGUUUUGGAAUAUCUACAUGCUGAUCCUCUUUGUCGUGGCACAUCAGCUCGUUUGGGGAAACCAUCCGAAGACGGCAAGAUGUUUCUCGCUAUCUUGUACUUCGCUUUGCCCUUAGUGGAUGUACUUCUGUCCGCAGAAGUGAGCGGGCUGCCUGGAGGGGACCGUCUUGACUGUGUGAAAGCCAGCGAUCAGUGUCUGAAGGAGCAGAGCUGUAGUACUAAAUACAGGACGCUGAGGCAGUGUGUAGCCGGCAAAGAGAGCAACUUCAGCCGGGCGACAGGCCUAGAGGCAAAGGACGAAUGCAAAAGCGCCAUGGAAGCUCUCAAGCAGAAAUCUCUGUACAACUGCCGCUGUAAGAGGGGCAUGAAGAAGGAGAAAAACUGCCUGCGCAUUUACUGGAGCAUGUACCAGAGCUUACAGGGAAAUGACUUGCUUGAAGAUUCCCCUUAUGAACCAGUUAACAGCAGACUAUCAGACAUAUUCAGGCUGGCACCAAUUGUAUCGG